AUGCAUGCACGACACUUGAAGACACAGCGAGGCCGUGGGUCGCCUCCUCCCAGCUUACUCGUAGUACCCUCUUUCCUGUGCGUGUGCGUCCCUUUGGACAGUGAUAGACUAGGUUACCUACCCAACAUUGAGAUAACUACACCCAAGUAUAUGUCGGCGUCCGCUAGAUUUUGUGUCUUUUUCGGUGGAUCUUGCGCUGAAUUCCGAUCGGCACAUCUUGCACUAAAUUUCGAUCGACUCAGUCUUUCCGGAGGAUCUUGCACUGAAUUUCCAUCGACACAGUUGAACAAUCUGAGCAGUUUUUGCUUUGUUGAGGCGGUGGGUCACGUAUUCUAUACCCGACAAUGUUGCAAUGGAUGGGAGGAUCAAGGAGGAAAGUGGCAACUUCAAGACAGUCAACGCAAAAAAGGCAAAAGCAGUAUUUUGAGCAAAGAAAACGACAACAGCAACAGGUGGCUGGGCAAGAGAGCUAUUCAGAUGGAACAAGCACCUACAGUCAACAUCAAAGUAAUAAUCGAUCACUGGAUAUUCUUAGUUUACUGAACUUGUUCACAGCUGCUCAGGAAUGCAAGUUCAGUUG